AAAAAACACCAAAUUCUGUUGUGCUCUCCCAAUUUUUCAGCGCAAAACCUGGAAAAGAAAAUAGGGUGGACCCUUGAAAAUCAGUUGGAACUACCGGAGAUAAGGAGAGAGUUCGAAGUCUCAAUUCUGCCGUCAAUGUUGCUACAGUUUUGACGUUCCAAGUCCUAGGCUGUGUAGUCGUGUUUGAGCUUGGUUGGAUUUUACCUUUGCGCGCUUCUUGUGCGGGUCUCUCUUCUACUUUUCACACAAAUUCUAUGUCUCGCCGUCGCUCAUCGUCCACAACGAUGGGCCCGCCCGCUGAUGUCGUCAUGGGUCCACCACCACCACCGUCGUUGUCAGUCUCCCAGCAGUUACCACCAGCACCUCCAAGAGAUCAUCAGGAAGUCGUCGAGAAAUAUCGAAAACUGAAACGGAAAUAUUUUGAGUUGGAGGACAAACAUAAAGAGUCGCAGCACGAGUUGAGGCUCUCUGGGGAACGUAAUAUGAAACUUCGGGAAGAACGGGACAAGAUGCUCGACCGCAUUCGUGAGCUUGAAACACACUCUGAGCCGAACGUCUCGGGUGUUCCUUAUCCGCCAUCCAGUGCUUAUCCUCGCUCCCUCUCAACCCUGAAAGCUCGUUCGUUUUUUGGAUCAAACCUCCGUCAGGCAGUGGCAGAAGAAGAAACCGACGAUCAUGAGGUUGAUCCACUACUUACCUCGCGGCAUAUCGGCCCGUUGGCUCGCAAGCGCGCAGAAGAUGAACAUCGAGACCGUGCUGAGGAGGAGGCUCGUGAAGCCCGCCGCCAACCAAAGCGACCUCGCGCAGCUGUCAAAGGCAAAGAGGCCAUGGGCCAGCUGCCCCCUGGGCAGCCCGCUAUGGGCGUGGGUCCUGCUCCCCUGGAAGGAGGAGCCCCUGUUCUUGUGUCCGCCAAAGGGGCUCGUCUUCGCCUUAAGCCUCCUGUACGCCCUUCACCCAAUGAUCCUGUCCCUUCAAGCAAUGCGCCACGCUCCCAAUCAUCACUAUCUCCAUUGUUAUCUCCUCAUGAUGAGCAGCCUACUCAUUAUGAUCCGGUGCGCUUUAGUGCCAACGGUGGCGGACAGCAUCCUGCCUUAGUUCCUGUCCCUGGAAAUACGCCUCCACUUGUUGGUCCCUCUCCUUCGUUACCUCCCCACAUGGGGCUUCCCCCUGCACCCACGCCAUCGUCUCGUGCAACCGAAGUUCAGCGCCACGCUAAGCCUAAACGUCUGAAAGCCCAUACUGUCACAACAAAGAGCUACAGCAUCCCUACUGUUCCACGUGAUAAACAGGGACGUCCAUUACUGCCGCUCACUGUCGGCAUCAUGACAGUGAACCAACUUGGAGAGGUGUGCAUGCGAGAACAUUUUCACACGGAGCGGUACAUCUUCCCUGUUGGGUAUGAAGUGACACGAAAAUAUUCUUCGACGAUGGAUCCAACCACAGACGCUAUAUACACUUGCUCAAUCCUCGAUGGCGGGGAUGGACCCAAGUUCAAGAUCGUCGCAUCUGAUGUCCCAGAUCGUCCUCAAAUCGCAGGCACCGCCACUGGUGCAUGGUCUACGAUUGUGAAGCAAGCCAAUACCAUUCGCAAUCGCCAGCACUCGAAUUCUGUCUCGGGGCCCGACUUCUUUGGGCUAGGACAGAACACAAUCAAGCACUUGAUCCAGGAGCUUCCAAAUGCCGAUCGCCUGCGCGAUUAUGUAUGGCAAAACUUCGUUGAGGGAGGGUGAGUCAUCAUUCCUAUGGCCGGUGUAGUAAUUGCAAUCGUUGGAAUGGGAGGCGGACCAGCGGGUACCGCGGGUUGUACUAUCGUGCAUGCUGGCCGCUCUUUUUCUUUCUCCUCUCAUCCUUCUUUCUGAAUUGUGACACG